AUGGACUGGGGCGAUAUGAUUUCGGUCACACUUAAGAACUCGGUGCAGAACAAUGGCACUGGAAUACACUGGCACGGCAUUCGACAACUAGGCACUUGCCCCCAAGACGGCGUGCCUGGAAUUACAGAGUGCCCACUCGCUCCCGGAGACACCAAAACUUACACUUUCAAGGCGACCCAGUUCGGCACGACCUGGUACCAUUCCCAUUUCAGCUCACAAUACGGCGACGGUGCAUUCGGUGCCAUAGUGAUCAAUGGUCCAGCCUCGUCAAACUAUGAUUACGACUUGGGACCCUACAUCGUCACCGACUGGUACUACAGGACGUCGUGGCAGCAAAAUCUCCUGUCUCACGCUGCCCUUCAAGCGGGUGGGCCAGGUCCAAGUGCCGACACCAUUCUGAUCAACGGAACCAACGUCAAGGGCUCCACGGGUAGCUAUGCCAAGACGCAAAAUCUGAUCAAGGGAAAGAAGUAUCGCUUGCGUAUCGUUAAUACUUCAGCCGACAAUACCCUCCGUGUCUCUCUCGACAACCAUAAAUUCACUGUGAUCACAAGCGAUCUCGUCCCGGUCAAGCCCUGGGUGACUGACUCAAUCCUGAUCUCUAUCGGACAACGCUACGAUGUCAUCUUCACCGCGGACCAGACUGCCGCCACAUACUGGUUCCGCGCAUCCGCGGUCGGAGCUUGUGCAUCCGCAAACAACAACCCCAACGCACUCUCUAUAUUCUCGUACAAGGACGCACCUGACCAGAACGCCACGCCCAGCUCUAGCGCCGGCUCUCUGCCCCAGGACUGCAACGAGCCUGAUAACACGAAUCUCGUACCGUGGGUGAAGAACACAGUCGAUCAGACCGCCUUUAUGAACCAGGUUCAGGAUCUAAACGUCGAUAUAUCGCAAACAGUUACCACCAACGGACAAAACAUCGUUGUGUGGAGCAUCAACCUGACGGCCAUUGACGUCCAGUGGCAGGAUCCCACCCUCGAGUAUGUGGCAGUGAAGAACACCAGCUAUCCUACAGCGUACAACGUGCUAGAGCUGCCAACGGAGGGAAUCUGGACAUACUGGGUCAUCCAAGAGCCCGCCGACACCCGCGUCCCCAUCCCGCACCCCAUCCACCUCCACGGCCACGACUUCUACGUGCUAGGUCGCGGACAAGGCGUCUUCGACCCUAAGAGCUCGCCCUCCACCUUGACAUGGCAGAAUCCCACCCGUCGUGACGUCGCCCUCUUACCAGGCGGCGGCUGGCUCGCUCUUGCGUUCCCCACCGACAACCCUGGAGCAUGGCUGAUGCAUUGCCAUAUCGCGUGGCAUGUGUCGGACGGUCUGGCGGUGCAGUUCCUCGAGGCGAAGGAUCAGGCGCCGUUGGGUGAUGGAGCAUGGCAGAGUGGAUGUAGCAAGUGGACGGAGUAUCAGAAGACGAUGAAAUACCCGAAGACGGACUCGGGGUUGAAGAUGAUGAUGAGGGAUAGUUUUUUCUAG